AGCACUUUAUUGGGAAACCGAAACCCGGUUACACUCGAAACAAAAACCUCCGCGCGCUAUCACGUGACAGUGACAUCAUCAUCAGCAAAUCGUUCAUCCGAGCGGUUCGCGCGCCGAACCCUGUCGUUGUCGGUCUCACUUGAACAAAGGAAGCACGAAGCAACUCUCGUAUUGCUUGGGCUAGAUACUGCCAGCGAAAAACUGCGAUGGACUCCAUGCGGAGGCGCGAAAAGCAUCGACGCGGCCAGCGCAACGAAACUGCGACGACGAGGGGCACCGUGAACCGUGGAACAACGCGGCGGCGGCGUGGCGGACGGCGACGUGGCUCUCCCGUGAGGUCUCGCCUAAGCGCCGAGCGCUGGCUCAGCUCCCUGCCUCCCGUGACCAAAGUAAGCUUGUCGGAACUCUUCGACCACGUGCCCAAACUGUCGUCCCAGGCGGGCGUCAUGACGCACGUCAUCGACGGAAACGUCGUGCAAGAGUCGACAGAACCGUUCUCGGUCGGUUUGUGGAGACGAGGCUCUCCGGAGCCCGGACAGGCUACCCGUCACGUGUUCCCGGAGCUGGAGGUGUCGCACCGGGCUUCUCUGGAGGUUCCGGAUCCUCGUCCGGCAUUCGAAAGUAAGAAUGACGCGCCGGCCGUCGUCGACCUCGCAUCGAAUCGGGAUGCGGCGGCUACGUCUGCUGCGGCCGGUGAGUCGAGCUUCGAACACGAGCGGGCCCCAAGUGUGACACUACCGCCGCCAACGCCGUGUGUCGCGAGCUCGAAGCACGACCCGGCUCCGACCGUUGUGUGCGCGUGCAGACGUCAACCUGCUGCCCCUCAAGAUUGCGGUCCCGUCCCGAACACGUCCUCGUCACCGAUCUCGGUUUCGUAUCCGGUCCCGGUUCAGAACGUGGCUUCGCACCCUACGUGUGAGGCAACUGGUUGCGGGGACGUGGCCAUGGAAGAAAUGAGCGCAUCAGCGCCGUGCCCGACUCCGAUUCCGGCCGCAAACGCAACGUCGACUACACCGGCGCCGAAGCCUGCCGGGCAGCCUGCUUCGCAGGCGCAGGAUCUCACGCCGCUGCUCCAGCCAUCGGCAUGCCUGGGAAAGGACCCGAGAAGCUGGACGGUCGACGACGUCGUGCAAUAUAUCAGUGGGCUCCCGGGAUGCGAGCGAUUCGCCGGGGUGUUCCGUGAGCAGGAGGUGGACGGCAGAGCCUUGCUUCUGCUGAAGAGUCGCCACUUGCACGUCAACAUGAAGCUCCGUCUGGGUCCGGCAUUGAAGAUAUUAGACGACGUACGUUCACUUCGCGGGAAUCUAGCGCAGUGACCACGUUGACCUUGGCGUGUUCGUUCGUGUGUGCCUCGCCCAGCGACGGGUGUUAAGCGCGUGCUUUUGAACUGGCCUUAUUUAGACCCAGUUGCGCGCGGGUCGCGCGCUGGUGGCGCGUGGCGGGACCGUCAUGUUUUAAAUCCUCGUGUAACCGUUGGACAGACGGAAUAAGUUCCUCCUAUCGCGGUUCCAAGAAGGUGCCGCGACGUUUAUUGUGUUGAAUAAAAAUAAACUUUUCUUUUUGCGUUUUACA